GUGGGAGACCCUUAAUCUCACUCCUCGCCUGCCUUCGAUCGCUCGCCGUUGUUUCCCGAUCAUUUCCUACGCCUCCCCAAAAUCCUAAACCUCCGGAACUCUCCCUCGCCGAUGGCUAGCCGACUUGUACAAGGACAAGAAGGAGAAACAGGAGGGCGUCUCGCCGACCCAUCUAUUUCUUAUCCUAUCAUCCCUGCCGGCGAGCAGACCGUCUGGGCCGACGUCAGUCCCCUCAUCGCCUCCGCCUGCAAUGAUCUUCAAGAUGGUCAGCUCAUACAUGGAGAAAAUUUCAGCCUUUUUGCAGCAAUGUCUGCUCUGGAGAUAAUGGAUCCAAAGAUGGAUGCUGGAGUUGAAAAAUGUGGAUACUACUCGAUCGAGGAAGCUAUAGAAAAUAAUGUUGCUCCAGUUCCUCUCAGCCUGAACCCGACUCUUGAUGUUCAACGUGUGAUUGAUGUCAUUGACCAUCUUUUUUCUUGUGAGGCUACUUGGUACAAAGGUCAUACGUUGGCACAAACUGUUUUUUCAUGCAUAUAUCUCUUGAGGAUUGAACGGACAUCUUCACAUGCAUUGCUGCAUUCAUAUUGCAGAAUUAUGCGAGCUACUUGUAAUGCUGUUAUCUCUGUAGUUUCUGAUUCACGUACACAUGAGGAGGAGGACCUUUUCACAAUGGCUUAUGGGCUUCCUCUGAAAGGAGAAGGUGACGAAAAAUGCUUAUCAAUUCUAAAUUCAGUUGAGGAAACAAUUUCUCGCCAACUUCGAGCUUGCAAAGCCCAGUCAUUAAAGAAGAAGCAAUUAGAAGAUAUUGAGCCUCUACAAAGUAAUCCUGACUUGGAAGAAGGCUAUUGCAGAGCUCUUCUUUGUCGUUUACGUUUUCGUAAGCACUAUUACCUUGUUCUCACGAGUAUGAAGAAACCCCAAGGAAAGGGUUUGGAGUUGGCUCGUAAACAUGUGGCAUCAUGCUUGUCUGAAUUAACUCACAUCACUAAGUCACAAGAAUUCCUCAGAGCCUUGUCAUAUGGAUUUCAUCAAGAUGAUAUUCAAAGUAGCACCACUGCCUCAGGUUGUAGGCCUAUUGGUUUUGAUGCUAGCUUAAACAACAGAUUUUCUGCUCCAACUCCACCACGGGCAACACAUAUCCUUAGUUGGAAAGAAGCUGUCAGUUAUUUUCAGAAGCUGCUGAGUGAUUUAGAUUUCGUAUGUUCCUUGAACACGGAUUUAGUGCUUGAUGAUGUUUUCUGCUUUAUUGUCCAAUUCCAGAAACCUCAACCUGAUCUGGUGGCUAGAGCUCAUCUCCAGAUUUUAUUGAUUCAAGAUGGAAAGCUUUACGGCAAAGAAUUCUUUCAUGAUAUUAUCUCAAGAGAAUUAGGGCUACCAGAACUUACAAAGGGUAAAGAACAUCAGAAAAAUGAGUUCAUUGUACAGUUAGGCCAGGUGCGAACUGAUAAUUCUUAAAUUGGGUAGGGUAAUAUCUAAAUAUAGCCACAACUAU